GUAUGAUGAAUAGGCUCAUUAUCAUGAGUCACAUUAAUAGCAUUACUUGCAAAUAAUUAUUUGUAUUCUGUGCGAGUACGUAAUAUUAACUCAAGUUAGUCUCGCGUUAUCAUCGUGGUGGUAUUAUAGUUGAAGAGAGGCGUAGGAAGUUUGCUUCUUUUACGAAUGUUUUUGAUAGCUCAUUAGCUUUCGUUGUAAUUUUAUCAGCGAUAAAAUGUGUAUAAAAAUCAAAUUCGCGUCGUGUUCUGGUUCAUUGAAACGUGUACGAGGUGCUGAGACAGAUUAUCGAAGAGAAACAAUGUUUUAAAAAUGAAAGUAUUCGAUUUUUGGGUACUUUUCAGAUUUCGUUGUUGAUUUUGACUGCGGUUUCAAAAAUCCCACGUAGUAAUGGAGCUAUAAAAUCUUGGGAAUAUUUCCCUUUCCUUUCAGGAGUCACUUUGCCAGUACUAGUUCUGUAAUGAAAAGUUUGGUAGAUGCUGGACACGAAGUUACUAUCGUUUCUCCAUUCGCUAAAUACCUCGCAAAAGAUAACUAUACCUCGAUCGUCGAUCUAUCGGAUUUGAUACCUAUUCAGAUAGGUACAGGAACCUUCAGGCAGCAUAAAAAAGGUGGCCCUUAUAGCGAAAUGCACUUAGCCUUCAAUUCUGAAAAAAAUCUCUGCAAUAAAGUGAUGGAUUCUGAAUCGUUCCAGGAAUUAUUUUUCUCGCAAGAAUCAUUCGAUGUGGUGUUUGUCGAAGUGCAGGUGUUUUACAAAUGCUAUCUGCCAAUAGCAAAAAAAUUGAAUGCCCCUGUGAUCGGUAUCACCACAGUGAGGUCUUGGAGCCUUGGAGACUUGGCAACUGGAAAUUCUCAUCAUGUAGCUGACGUUCCAGCUGAAUCAAUAUCCGGAUGGAGAUUCGGCGAUAUUUACUAUCGUCUGAUUAAUUCAUGCAAUUACGUAGCUGUGUGGUAUUUUUGGUGGUCCGAUGUAGUUCCUGUUUUUGAAAAGUUUGAUCGAGAUUAUGCGGAAAAAUUAGGCCAAUGUCGGGGGUAUUUAGACAUAGAGCCGGUGUUGAUGUUUUAUAAUGGUCAUCAUAGUAUUUUGCCCAGAGCAAAUAAUCUGAAUGUCGUUGAAAUUGGUGGAAUACAAGUUGGACCUGCGAAACCAAUACCUCAGAAAAUUCAAAAAUUUAUCGAAGAAGCCGAUCACGGAGUAAUUUUGUUCACUUUUGGUUCAUUCGUCAAAGUGAGUUCGAUGCCAGUCAAUGUGGUGAAUAUUUUUCAGAAUGUGUUCUCGAAUAUACCUCAAAGAGUGCUGUGGAAAUUCGAAGAUCCCUUACGAAAUGUACCAGAUAAUGUCAUGUUGGUCGAUUGGCUUCCCCAAAGAGAUAUUCUAGAACAUCCAAAUGUCAGAGCUUUCAUCAGCCAUUGUGGACUUGUGUCAGUUUUGAAAAGGUCCUUUAAAAAUAUUUUUUAAAGUUGUCAUCAAAAGCUAUUAGCUGCCCAAGUGUUAUGAACGCACGGAGAGACAUUUUGAAACGUGUUUAUUGAUUAACGAACAUAAUCGAACUGAUUCGAUUCUAAAAACUAACUUACAUAGCUAAGAUAUACUGAGACGUCAUCUAUGACUAAUCUAUCUAUACACAUGUACAUAACAAUUCUUCCCCACUAAGGGAAUUCAAAAGUUAUAAUUCAGCCUUUCCGGGGCUUUCCUUGAACGAUUUGAUCGCCGCAAAACUUUUUCCACCUUUUUGGAUGAAUCUGGUUCGGAAUUGGGCUGUUGUUGAGCACUUAGAUUGGACUUUGGAUGUUUGACCUCGGAAGAAAAUUGGACAGCUUUUUUGAAUUUUUCCACUUCUGUGGAACGCAAUUGAUCAACAUGACGUUUGAUGAUGUACCCAUCAUCUAAUUCGACGAGAUAGUGAAGUUUUCCCAACUUUUCCACGAUGACCCCAUAUUUCCAAAGUGAGGAUGAGGUAUAAUUUCGACUUUGGACACGUUCUCCGAGUUUGAAUGUUUUUACUUUCAGGUUGGAUUUUUGUGAAGGUGGAUUUGCGUUUUUUGGCAGCAACAAAUUUAGUCUGGUGUUGAUAUCUUUUUGAAAAACGAGCUGAGACGGUGUUUGACCAUUUUCGAGAGGUGUGAUGCGAUAUUUACGUAAAAUUGAUGAGACUAAAUUUCGCAACAUUUGUGUGUCAGUGGUAGGCUCGGCCUUUUUCAGUUUGGAUUUGACAAUUUGGACAGCUCUUUCUGCUUGGCCAUUCGUUGCCGGAUGACCUGGCGCGAUGAGACGAUGCUUAAUACCAUGGAAUUGAAGAAAUUCUUUGAAUUCGGCUGCAGUGAAAAUACUGGCAUUGUCACUGACUAGUUCAUCAGGUGAACCAAAUCGAGCAGUAAAAUCUUGAAGGUAGGUAAUCGUAGAUUGUGUUGUUGGUGCAGUCUUUUUUAUGUAGACUUCGAGCCACUUGGAUUUUGAAUCAAUGAUGAUGAAAUAAAAAUGAUUUUGAAACGGACCGGCAUAAUCAAUGUGAAUUCGUUGAAAAUUUUCUUGAGGAGGUUCCCAUUUGUGAAGCGGAGCUUUUUUUGGAUUCUUAUUUCGAUCUGCACAGUUUUGACAACUUUUGACAAUUGAUUCAAUUUCUGAAUCAAUUUUUGGCCACCAAACGAAUUUACGAGCGAUGGCUUUCAUUUUAACAAUGCCGAUGUGUGUAUCAUGUAAUUCAGCCAAAAUUUUCUCACGAAGUAUUUCAGGAACAUAAAUUCGACCAUUUUUGAAAAUAAUUCCAUCGUUGAGUGAGAAUUCAGGUUCGGAGUUGGUGCCAGAUUGCAACUCUUUCAAUAAUUUUGACAGUGAAGAAUCUUUUAAGGUUUCUUCUUUCAGCUGGCUGUGAGUAAUCGGAGAAGAUGAUGUAACCUGGUCUAUUUUUGAAGACUGUAUAAAAUAGCAUUCGUCAACAACGUUGGUGUUUUCGAUAGGUAGUGGAAAACGUGAUAGAUAAUCGGCGUUGGAAUGCUGACUGGCUGGGCGGUGCUCGAUUUUAUAGUUGAACUGAGAUAAGAAAACCGCAUAUCUUAUCACCCGCGAUGCUGUGAAGCUAGGUAGCUCUUUGUCUGGAUUUAAAAUAUGAUGUAUUGGUUUGUUGUCUACGAUGAAUGUGAAUGGACGACCAUAGAUGUAGUAGAAAAAUUUUUUGGCACCCCAAUACACUGCCAGAGCUUCUCGAUCAAGUUGACUGUAGUUUUUCUCAGCUUUUGUGAGGGAGCGAGAUGCGUAUGCGAUAGGACGUUCGUCUCCGUUGAUGCGAUGUGAUAGGACAGCUGAUAUGCCAUAUGGACUGGCAUCUGUGGCGAGAUAUAAUGGCAAUUCCCUGUUAUAAGGUGUUAGAACUUCGUCACUGGUAAUGAUUUGCUUUAUUUUAUUGAAUGAUUUUUCACACUCAGGAGUCCAUUCGAAUUUGGCAUUUUUUCGGCGCAGUUGGUUGAGUGGAUAUAAGAUGUGUGAUGAAUUUUUUAUGAAUCGUUGAUAGUAGUUGACAAGACCAAGGAACUGCAUAACUUCAUCAGCAUUUGUUGGUCGCGGAGCUUUGACAAUGGCCUCAAUUUUUGACGGAGCUUUAUGAAGACCAUUUUUGUUGAUAACAUGACCCAAGUAAGAGACCUCAGUGACGAAAAAUUUGCACUUUUUUUCAUUGACAUGUAGAUUAUAUUCUUGAAGGCGUUGCAAAAGUGCACGUAGGCGAGCUUCACACUCUUCAAUGGUGGAUCCUUGCACCAAUAAGUCGUCGAAAUAGGCCACAGUUCCAGGUAAGUCUCGAAUUACCUGGUCAAUGAACCUUUGGAAUAAUUUUGGAGCCACUUUUGAGCCAUAAUAAAGUCGUUUGACCCUAAAAGUGCCUCUAUGAGUCACAAUUGUUUGCAAUUUUGCUGUCUCUUCAUCUACUGGAAGGUGUAAAAACGCAUCACGUAAAUCAAGUUUACAAUAGUAAGUGCCAUUUUCGAGUUUAUUGAAAAUAUCCUCAACAGUUGUAAGUUGAUAUCGGAUAUCUUUGAUCAUUUUAUUGAUCGUUUUCUUAUAAUUUCCACACAAUCGAACAGAGCCAUCAGAUUUUUCAACAUAGACUGAAGAAGUACCCCAUUCUGACACAUCAACUUUUUCUAGAACACCAAAUUUAAUCAAUCGAUUGAUACAUGCGUCAGCUGAGGAGGUAACUUCAUGUGGAACUUUUCUGGCUUUCAUAUAAAUAGGCUUGGAAUUUUCAUUCAAUUCGAAAGAGGUAGUAUAAUUUGGAACCUUUCCUAUUUCAUCGGAGAAAACACUGGCGAAUUCCUUCUUGAUUUUAUCCAUAUCUGGCACAUUUGACUUUCCGAGAAAUUUUACAUCAUCAGUUUCAUCUACUUUUAUAAUGCCGAGAGGAAUAGACCAUUCGCGACCCAUCACAGAUGAUUCAGACCUUUCUGUGAAAUAUAAACGACUGUUGAUUUCUUUAUCUUUAUACUUGACUGAUACGUUGACGUAGCCUAAUGGUUUGAAUAAGUUACCAGUAUAAUCUUUGAGAACUGUGUUAUCAUGCAUGAUAGGUUUUUGCAAAUU